AUGAAUUAAUAACUGACUGAGGUCGUUAUAAUCAUAUUGCAGUGCUUUUUUUAAGCCAGACAAUAUUUUUCAAGGGGAAUUACCAGUUCCCUUUUAUGUCAAUAACAUCGCAUUAUUUUAUCAAUCUUCCGAAGUUAUUUUCAAGAUGUUUUCUAUGUUUUUCGGGCAACCUUGUACUCUAGACGUGGAAAUUGAUGUAGACCCUAGUCGUCCACUAGUAUUUGUCGAUCCACAUCAAAAAACGGAUAAAUGUCCUGUAUUUUCGGAUGGCGAAGAGAUCAGUGGUACAGCGUUCAUUAGUCUAAAGCCUGGUAAACAGUUUGACCACCAAGGUAUCAAAGUAGAGCUCAUUGGCCAGAGUGACACUCUUUAUAAUAAAACUGGAACAUAUGACUUCUUUUCCAUGUCCCGGGAUAUCGAAGCCUCAGGAAGUGUUAUCGAAAGCAAGCGUUACAAAUGGAAGUUCCCUUUGGUGGGCAUUGAAAACGAAUCAUAUUGGGGAGUUAACAUCAGACUCUACUAUUUUGUUCGCAUCACCAUAAUAAAAUCAUAUGGAGGAUGUAUAUUUAAAGAUGCAAUGUUUGCGGUGCAGAAAGUCGGCAUACCGCCUCAGAUAAAUAACACUAUAAAGAUGGAGGUUGGAAUUGAUGAUACGCUACAUAUUGAAUUUGAAUACAAUAAAUCUUCUUACCACUUACACGACACUAUACUCGGCAAGGUAUACUUCCUAUUGGUGUCAUUACCAAUAAAAUACAUGGAAGUGGCAAUUGUGAGGAUCGAAACAAUCACAUUGGGACGGUCUACUGUAGAGGAAACUACUACGCUAACCACAUUUGAAGUGAUGGAUGGAUCCCCAGUAAAGGGUGAAUGCAUACCUGUACGUAUAUACCUCAAUGGACUAGACCUAUGCCCCACUUAUAAAAAGGUACAAAACAAACUCACAGUAAAACACUACAUUAACCUUCUUAUCGUCGAUGAAGAUGAAAAACGUUAUUAUAAGAAACAAGAAAUUGAGUUUUGGAGGGAUCGACUGGGGUGAAACCCCAUUAAAAUAGCCUCAUAAUUUUUGCAAUCAU